AUGCAUUUGUUCUGCGUGGUUUUCUUGGGACUGAUUGUCAGCACUCCUUCUGCUGCAGCCCCGUUAGGAUUUUUUGUUUCUGGGCUGCAGUCUGUCUUCGCUGGAGCAACUAGGAACAAGCUACUACUCAUCUCUUUUGAUGGUUUUCGCUGGGAUUACGACCGAGAUGUGGACACCCCUAAUCUGGAUCAAAUGGCCCAAGAUGGCAUAAAAGCGGAAUAUGUCACGCCACCUUUCCUCACCAUCACCAGCCCUACACACUUUACCUUGCUUACAGGGCGCUAUAUAGAAAACCAUGGAGUCAUCCACAACAUGUGGUUCAACACGACGACUCAGGAGAAGAAGCAGUACUACAUGACACAGUUUGUUGAUUCCUAUUGGGACAACGGCAGCUUGCCCAUCUGGAUAACAGCACAGAGACAGGGACUAAAAACUGGCUCACUCCAUUUCCCUGGGACCGCUGCAACCUACAAAGGAGAAACUGUCAGGGUGAGAGAGGUGGAACCUCGUUUCUAUGACUAUUCAAACGAGACCGAAUGGAGACAUAAUAUCGACAAGGUGAUUGGAGAAUGGUUCCACCAGCAGGACCUGGACUUUGUCUCCUUGUACUUUGGGGAACCAGACAAAGUUGGCCACAAAUAUGGACCCGAUUCUCCAGAACGGCGAGAGAUGGUCCAGCAAGUGGAUCGAACCGUAGGGUACAUCCGGGACAAGAUCCACUACCACGGUCUAACUGACCGACUCAACAUCAUCAUCACUGCUGACCACGGAAUGACAAAUGUCUUUCGGGGUGAACACGUUCAAGAGAUCAUCCUGUCUAAGAUCCCAGGCUUUAGCUUUAGAGACAUCAAAUUUCAUCUUGUGGAUUACGGCCCGGCUGGAAUGCUGCUUCCUAAAGAAGGAAAGCUGGAGAAGGUCUACCAGGCUCUAAAGGGAGGUCACCCCCGUCUUCGCGUGUAUAAGAAGGAGGAGAUGCCAGAAAGGCUUCAUUACGGAAAUCACCCUCGACUACUUCCCAUCAUCCUCUUUGCCGAUCCUGGAUAUGUAAUCAAUGGGCUAUUUCCUGUGCAGUUUCACAAAGGAGAGCACGGCUUUGACAAUCAAGUGUUGGACAUGAAACCUUUCUUUCGGGCAGUGGGGCCUGACUUCAAGCAAAACCUAGUGGUUGGACCCUUUGAAACAGUCAACGUGUACCCACUGAUGUGUCAUCUGCUUGGGAUAGAUCCAGAGGUCAAUGACGGGAACCUAACUAAUACCAAGCACAUGCUAAAAAAAACAGGAGAGGGCAAUUACGGUCAAAAACGCAGUACUUGGUCACAAAUUGUCACUGGCUUAUCAGCAGUGACAGGGUUUGUGGCAUUGGUGUUUGUUGCUGUUAUCUCACACACCCUGAAUAAAAGGAGCUCAGCAAGUAAGAGAUCAAAACAGAGGAAAACUGCCAAUGCAGAAGAAACCAAGAAGCAAACCAGUUUUUGAGCAAUCACAUGGACAUCUGUGUUUAAUUUUACUUUUUUGCAUUGCGUGAAUUAACUUUUGCGCAGUUUCAUAUCAUAGGAGUAAAGUGCAUCAUAAUCAAUUCUAACCAUAGAAUCAAUUACUUUUUGCAAGGAGUGACUUAUUAAUUACAAGUGGACUAUAAAGUAUGUCAUUCAUG